GUUUAUAGACUUCAGCAAGGCAUUCGACAAAGUGUUGCAUGUGAAAUGAAUGAGAAAGCUAUCCUCUUUCGGGUUUGGUGUCUCAUUGCAAGCCUGGAUCAGGGACUUUCUGUACGAUAAGAGACAAAGAGUAAGGUUAAUGGGAUGCUGUCCGGGUGGAAACCUGUGAUGAGUGGAGUUCCUCAAGGAACAAUCGUAGGUCCACUACUUUUCUUGUUAUAUAUCAACGAAUUACCAAAAUUGCUGAAUUCUUCGGUACUGCUAUUAGCCCAUGAUGUGAAAAUUUGGAAAACCAUACGCAGUGAUGCAGAUAGGUGUGCACUUCAAGCUGAUUUAGAUGAGCUAGUAGGUUGGUGCAAACGGUGCCUAGAAACCAACUCUAAUAAAAGUGGAAUAAUUCACAUUGGUCAUAGCAAUUAUUUCCAGUAUUCCGUGGAUGGUACACCACUACUCCCAGUCUUUGAGCUAAAAGACUUGGGUGUCAUCAUUAGUCAUGAUUUCAAAACCUCGGCAAACUGUAAUGGAGCUGCAGUGAAGGGCUUCCGCGUAUUAUGGUCCAUCCGCAGAGCUUUCAAGAGUUUUGACCAGGACGUGUUCAGAAUACUGUAUUCUACUUACGUUAGACCUCACUUGGAAUAUUGCAUUCAGGCUGCCAGCCUAUGCCUAAAAAAGGAUGCUGACGCACUCGAGCGUGCUCAAAGAUUAGGUACUAAGCUCGUAUCAGACCUUUCAAAUCUGUCCUACGAGGAAGGACUAGAUCAGCUAAACGUAUUCCCACUGUACUACCGUAGGAAACGGGGUGAUCUCAUACUUGCAUUUCGUGUUCUUAAUCAUGACUUCGGUACUGAUGUCCCAUCUUUUCUCCCCUGCUAGGACUAAC